AUGCUGCCGUCACGUAAACAUUUAAUUGCCUUCGUUGUGGUGACAACAUUAGUCUGCCUAACAGUGGGCCAGGAGUCCUCAUUUCAGGCCACGAUCACCAGUUCCAACAACCAGCUUCAGUCGGCGAAUGGAACCAGCCUGAACGAGACCAUUACGAUUAAUAUCAGCGAAAUAAUUGCAGCUGCUGAAGCGGCAUCAAAUGCCACGGAUUCCUCCACUAGUACAGCAUCUACUUCGACGACUACAGAAGCCACAUCGCCUUCAACAACGACCUCUGCAAUAUCAACGACAGAAACAACAACUGUGCCUACAAGCACCACAUUAGCAAGUUCUACAACAACGCAAGCGGCCAUUACAACAUCCACAGAAUCAUCAACAACCACACAGCCGACCACAACCGUUUUGGCAGACACAAGCACAAGCACCCAAACUACAACAACAAACACUCCUACAACAACCACACAAGCUCCCACAACAACGACCCUAGCUUCAACAACAACGACACUAGCUUCAACAACAACACAACAGCCUACAACAACAGCUCCUGUUGCUAGCACUAGUACUUCGGCAUCCAUAUCAACAACGCCCCAAAUCUCUACAACAACUACUCAGGCCUCAACCACAACUCCACAAUCCACCACAACCAUAGCAACACCAUUAUCCACAACAACAAGCACACAAACACCAACGACAGCGCAAUCCUCAACAACAACCGCUCAAAUUUCAACAACAACAACACCGCAAUCCACAGCCCAAACUACAACAGCAGCCACAUUUACCACAACACCAGUUCAAGCUUCAACCACAACAACACAAUCUACAUCUACAACUUCACAAACUACAACGACAACACCACAAUCUACAUCAACAAGCAUCCAAAGCUCAACAACAACACCACAAUCCACAACAACAACAUCACAAACUUCCACAACUCCACAAUCCACAUCAUCAACAACUCUAGCAUCAACAACCAGCACCGAAGCUUCAACCACAAUCGCUGAUAGCACCACCACUUCAACCACAAUAGCUGAGAGCACCACCACCACUUCAACAACAACGAGUAGCACAACACCACCUGCUUACACCGUUUACACCGUUGAGCCCUACCCGAAUAUUUAUGGCCGAUCGAACGAGAUUGGCAAGGCCCAGCGAAAACAGCGAAAGGGUCGCAAGGGGCGCAGAGGCAGGAGACCCCGUCGCCGCACCACCACCCUGGCACCACUGACAUCUAGGAGCACCACCACCACAACUACAACAACCGCCAGGACGACGCUGGGUGGCUUUGAUGAUUUCAGCGAGGACUACGACGAUCUGGUCCUGAACUCGAACACUGUGCUAGAACCAUUUCCGCAAUUGGCCCUUGAUCUCGGCAAUAUCGCCAAUAACAGAAUCCCCAAGUAA